AACAACCCUAAUAACAGAAACCUCGCGAACUCUUGCGGGCUCCAUCAGAGUAUUCGUUCCAUCUCUGCUCCUGUUGGCGUCCCAGCUUUGCAGCUAUGCAGAUCUUCGUGAAAACCCUAACGGGGAAGACCAUUACCCUUGAGGUCGAAUCCUCAGACACCAUCGACAACGUGAAGGCGAAGAUCCAGGACAAGGAAGGCAUCCCACCGGAUCAACAACGCCUCAUCUUUGCUGGGAAACAGCUUGAAGAUGGCAGAACCCUUGCUGAUUAUAACAUCCAGAAGGAGUCGACGCUUCACCUGGUUCUUCGUCUUAGAGGAGGAGCCAAGAAGCGAAAGAAGAAGACUUACACUAAGCCCAAAAAGAUCAAACAUAAGAAGAAGAAGGUGAAGCUCGCCGUGUUGCAGUUCUACAAGGUUGAUGAUUCAGGGAAGGUUCAGAAGCUGCGGAAGGAGUGCCCUAAUCAAGAGUGUGGAGCAGGGACAUUUAUGGCGAAUCACUUCGAUCGUCAUUAUUGUGGUAAGUGUGGAUUGACUUACGUUUACCAGAAGGCUGGAGUGGAAUAGAGGUUCAGAAGCUGCGGAAGGAGUGCGCUAAUCAAUAGUAUUUUUUUUUUUUACUCGAUAGGAUUAUUAUGAACCUUAACUCUUUUGGUUUAUUUUUUAAGUCCAUAGAUUAAAAGACUAAAAGGUUCGAAAUUUUGAUUUAGUAUGUGUUAAAUGUUGGGAAAUUUUAUGUUUUUAGUUAAAGAUUUGCUCGUAAUCUUGGUAUAUUGAUUUGAAUCUUAUCUAUCUUGGGGUUCUUUGGUUCUUAA